AUGGCGUCUUCGACGCCGGAUAUCCCUCAGCGUUGGACCGCUCCUAAAGUUCGAGAUACAUUUCUCAAGUACUUUGAGGAGCGGGGACACACGUUCGUCAAAUCCUCCCCGGUCGUCCCCCUCUCCGAUCCUACCCUGCUCUUCACAAACGCGGGGAUGAACCAGUUCAAGCCCAUAUUCCUCGGCACAGUCGACCCUACUAGCAAAGAGGGCCAGUAUAAACGCGUCGUCAAUUCCCAGAAGUGCAUACGUGCGGGUGGGAAGCACAAUGAUCUGGACGAUGUUGGCAAGGACAGUUACCACCAUACCUUCUUCGAGAUGUUGGGGAACUGGUCGUUCGGCGAUUACUUCAAAAAGGAAGCCAUCACCUUUUCUUGGGAGCUGUUGACGAAAGUCUUUGGGCUCGAGCCGGAUAGGUUGUACGUCACCUACUUCGAGGGCAAUGAGGCUGGCGGGUUGGAGCCAGACGUCGAGGCCAAGGAGAUAUGGAAGAGCGUUGGCGUCGCGGAGGACCACAUCUUGCCGGGAAACAUGAAGGAUAAUUUUUGGGAGAUGGGCGAUCAAGGACCGUGCGGGCCUUGCUCAGAGAUUCACUUCGACCGCCUCGGUGGACGGAACGCAGCACACCUGGUCAACCAGGAUGAUCCGAAUGUGCUGGAGAUCUGGAACAACGUGUUCAUCCAGUACAACAGAGAACCCGACCGAAGCUUACGGCCGCUGCCGAACAAGCACGUCGAUACCGGCAUGGGCUUCGAACGGUUAGUCAGUGUCCUGCAGAACAAGUUGUCGAAUUACGACACGGACGUCUUUACACCACUCUUUGCGCGCAUCCAAGAGGUCACCGGCGCGAGACCUUAUUCAGGAAAAUUUGGCGAGGAAGACGCCGAUGGGAUCGACACAGCGUACAGGGUCGUGGCGGAUCACGUGCGGACCUUGACGUUUGCCAUCAGCGACGGUGGAAUUCCGAACAAUGAAGGACGAGGUUACGUUGUUCGAAGAGUGCUGAGACGCGGUGCCCGAUAUGCCCGGAAAUACUUCAAUGUGGAGAUCGGCGACUUUUUCUCGAAGAUCGUGCCUACGCUCGUCGAGCAGAUGGGCGGCAUGUUCAAGGAGAUCGUCGCUAAGGAAGAAGAAGUGAAGGAGAUUCUCAACGAAGAAGAGGAGUCGUUUGCGAAGACCCUGGAUCGUGGUGAGAAGCAAUUCGAGGUCUAUGCUCACAAGAGUCAGGUGCAAGGACAGAAGAGUCUGCACGGCGCUGAUGUAUGGCGGCUAUAUGACACUUUUGGCUUCCCCGUUGAUCUGACACGGCUCAUGGCCGAGGAGCGGGGUCUGUCAAUCGAUGACAAUGAGUUUGAGGCCGCGAGACUGGCCGCCAGAGAUGCCAGCAAGGGACAGAAGAAGGCCGCCAGCGAUUUGCUCAAGCUGGACGUACAUGAUCUUGGCGAGUUGGAGAAGAUGCCGGGCGUCACGAAGACGGACGACAGUGCCAAAUACGGCAGGCAAAACAUCACCGGCACCAUCCAGGCAGUAUACCACGCUAAGAAGUUUCAUCCCGGCACGAAAAACAUCCCGGAAGGUGAUCAGAUAGGGCUGAUCCUCGAUCGGACGUGUUUUUAUGCCGAGCAAGGUGGUCAAGAAUACGAUACUGGCCGCAUUGUCAUUGACGGACAGGCCGAGCUUGAUGUGGAGAAUGUCCAACUAUACGCUGGCUACGUAUUACACACUGGCUACAUGAAGUAUGGCCAUUUCUCAGUCGGCGAUAAGGUAAUAUGCGAGUAUGAUGAGUUGCGGCGAUGGCCGAUACGGAACAACCAUACUGGUACCCACAUCCUGAACUUCGCUCUACGGGAAGUCCUGGGCGACGGUGUCGAACAGCGAGGCUCACUGGUUGCUCAAGAGAAGUUGAGGUUCGACUUUAGCCACAAAUCGGGUGUCUCGGAUGAGGAUCUCGCGAAGAUCGAAAAUAUCUCAACUGACUAUAUCAGACAAAACUGUCAGGUAUAUACGAAGGAUGUACCCUUGGUCAUUGCGAGGGAAAUUGCAGGUGUGAGAGCUGUGUUUGGCGAGACAUACCCCGAUCCCGUUCGGGUCGUGUCUGUGGGUGUCGAUGUCGAUGAUAUCCUGAAAAACGUCCAGGACAAGGGCUGGGAGAAGGUCAGCAUCGAGUUCUGUGGUGGGACUCAUGUGAGGAGUACCGGCGAUAUCAAAGACCUUAUCAUCCUCGAAGAAAGUGGAAUUGCCAAAGGGAUCCGAAGAAUCAUUGCUGUCACUGGUGAGGAUGCACAUGAGGUGCAGCGGUUGGCUGAGGAGUUCUCCGGCAAGCUCGAAAAGCUUGAAAAGAUGCCGUUUGGUUUGCCCAAGGAGCAAGAGGCAAAGAACAUUCAGCUUGAACUCAACAACCUCUCAAUAUCCGCGGUAAGGAAGUCACAGUUCCGAGACCGGGUUUCGAAGAUUAGCAAAGAGAUACUCGAACAGACGAAAAAGCUGCAAAAGGAGCAGACGCAAAAGGCCAUCGACACGAUAACAGAGUACUUUCAGAAGAACGAGAAGGCUCAGACCGCGGUGUUGAGGUUACCAACUGGUGGCAGCUCCAAGCUUGUCCCCGAUGUUAUCAAGCACGUGCAAACCAAAAUGAAGGACAAGAGUGUGUACAUUGUUGUCGCGGACGAGAAAGACCCGGAAGGCAAGGUAUACCAUGGUUGUUUUGUCGGCCAGAGCGGCACCACAGCUGGAUUGAAGUCCCCAGAGUGGUCAUCCACGGUGUCGACUUUGGUGGGUGGCAAGGCUGGUGGAAAGGCGCCCGUCGCCAUUGGAACAGGUACGGAUCAAUCCAAGGUGGAUGAGGCUUUGAAGGCUGCCACGGAGUAUCUCGAGAAGUUCAAGCUAUGA